CAUGUACCCCAAGAAUUGUAAUGGAUACCUGGGCGGCUGGGCGGCUGGGCGGUUAGCCCCUGUGACAGUCACGGCAGGCAUAUCCCCUCUUUUGGUUUUCAACCUUUCUUUCAGCUUUCAAUUGUCACUUUGUCAUUCAGUGUUUUGUUUCCCGCUCUCACAAUCCCACUGUACCGGUACAUACACCCAUCCAUACAUUACACUUCCCUGUUUUGGUGUUCGUUGCCCGGUGGUCGGGUACUAACACCGCGGCGACAACGGAAAUCUACAACCGCCCGCGCAGUAACACUACUCAGCUGCAAGCCACAAUUUCAAUAUACAUACAUUUAUUCCUUCCCUUCCCGUCCCGUCCAAAAAUGACAAUCCGUACCUAUCAUCGCCCAGUAAAGACAUCUGAAGUCGUCGUUGUUUCGUUAUCGCCAGACCAACAAAAGAUGGCAGUCGGUCAAGGAGGACAACAAGGAAAGGGGUCGGCGGCACCGCCAAAGAGCGGUGGUGGUCAACAACAUCAACAUCAACAUCAACAUCAACAUCAACAUCAACAACAACAGCAAAGUCAACAACAACGACAACAGCAACAACCCUCAAGAAGUGCAGGACCAAGCAGUACCGUCGACCCAAGUCUACUAAAAUACACGGGCGAACAACGAAUACUCGAACUGAACCGACGAGAACUCGAGAAAGCUUCUAGCGGUGAUAGCGGCGAUCAUGACUGGACAACCUCCCUCAUCCCCUUCCUCAAGUUAAUCUCCUCCGACCCCUCCCUCCCCCACCCCAAGACCUAUUUCCGGUACACGGUCCAACCGCAACACUGCAACCGCCUAGGCAACCUGCACGGCGGGUGCAUCGCGACACUGUUUGACUACUGCACCACCAUGCCUUUAGCCCUUGUCUCCAAGCCCGGGUUCUGGUAUUACUUGGGGGUGAGCAGGACCUUGAACACGACGUAUUUGCGGCCCAUUCCCGUGGGGACCGAGAUCUUUAUCGAGUGCGAGGUUGUGGCUAUCGGUAAGAGGAUGGCGAGCUUGAGCGGGAAGAUGAGGAGGGCUACUGAUGGGGCGUUGGUGGCUACUUGUGAGCAUGGCAAGGUUAAUACUGAUCCGGAGGUUAGCAAGAUUUGAGAUGAGA